CUGCUGCUGAGUGUACGAACCGCGGCUGCUGCCACUCUCUAUGCCCGAGCGCCGGCUGUCCAUCUCCGAGGAGGCUGCAGCUCGCAGGAGACCACAGCAUCUCCUUCACUUCAUUCCUCCCAUCACUUGCUAUUACACCAAGGCGCUGGAGCUCUUGUAUGCCAGGGACUAUAAGACAUGCGUUCUAUAAGGAAGAGGUGGACUAUCUGCACCAUAAGUAUCCUCCUCAUCUUCUACAAAACCACGGAGAUCGCACGGACCGAUGAGCAUCAGGAUUCUCCUCUCAAUGGAGACGGUGAGCUCACGUUGAGUAGACUGAUGGUGAAUAGCUCAGAUAAGAUUUUAAGAAAAGAAGGGUCAGCAGUCUUUAGCCAUGCCGGAGCAGGCUGGAAGAUCAAUUCUUCAUUGGCUUUGGAAAUAAGGAAAGAUAUUCUCCGAUUUCUGGACGCAGAGAGAGACGUAUCUGUUGUUAAAAGCAGCUUCAAGCCGGGAGACGUAAUUCAUUAUGUUCUGGAUAGACGCCGUACUCUAAAUAUUUCACAGAAUCUGCACAGUCUUCUGCCUGAAGUAUCACCGAUGAAGAGCCGGCGUUUUCAGACCUGUGCAGUGGUGGGGAAUUCUGGAAUUCUUCUCGGCAGCGGAUGUGGCAAGGAGAUUGACAGCCAUGACUUUGUAAUAAGGUGCAAUUUAGCUCCUGUAGUCGAAUUUGCUGCCGAUGUUGGAACCAAAUCAGACUUCAUAACCAUGAACCCAUCAGUGGUACAGAGAGCAUUCGGGGGAUUUCGCAAUGAAAGCGACCGGGCAAAAUUUGUUCAUAGACUUUCCAUGCUUAAUGACAGCGUCCUUUGGAUACCAGCUUUCAUGGUGAAAGGUGGAGAGAAGCAUGUGGAAUGGGUUAAUGCUUUAAUUCUUAAGAACAAACUCAGAGUACGAACUGCCUAUCCAUCGCUAAGGCUCAUUCACGCUGUCAGAGGGUACUGGAUAACAAACAAGGUUCAGAUCAAGAGACCCAGCACCGGUCUUCUGAUGUACACGCUGGCUACACGGUUUUGCGAUGAAAUACAUCUUUACGGAUUUUGGCCUUUCCCAAAGGAUGUUUAUGGAAACCUAGUAAAAUAUCAUUAUUACGAUGAGCUGAAAUACAAAUACUUUUCUAAUGCUGGACCCCACAGGAUGCCGCUUGAAUUCAAGACAUUGAAUUUAUUGCAUAACAAAGGGGCAUUAAAACUCACCACUGGGAAAUGUGAACAGCAAUAAAGUUUACUAAAAUGCAAUCAGUAAAGCAUCUCAGUCGAGAUAUUUUCUGGGAAAUGUUUAGAGCUGUGCUCUUUUUAAUGGAAGAGAAUAUGGUGUGACAUUUUAGAAUACCUGCUCACAGUUGGGUUCCAGCCGAUGCGUUAGUUUCAAGGUGCUAUAAACCAGUGUUAUGGGACGAUGCUUGGUUCAGAGUAAGUGCCACUGAGUUGAAAACUCGAAUGUUUUACUAGUGUUUACAAGACCUGAAUAUACAAUCACUGGAACCGGAAGAAUGAAGAUGAGUCUGUGCUGACAUGAUGGAACUACAAGUGAUAGAACUUAAGGCACCUAGUUUACAUUCACAUUUCGAUCAGUAUUCACGUGGAUUCAUUUAAUGCUGUUAGACCCUUCAUUUUGAUUGCUCUUGUAUUAUAAAUUUGUAAUUUUUCUAAGCAUUUUUGUAGAGUAGAAGCAAAAAGAAUGUUGCAAAAGGUAACGAUGAAGAGUCACUUGAUGUAGACUCUCUAGCAUGAUCAUGGAGGUUGGUCUAAACCAUGUGAGUGACUUUUGUAAAACAUAUGACUGAGAACAAAAAUGUAGACAACUGAGCAGAUUAGGACAGAGACCAAUUUGUAGAGGAAAAUGAGAUGACAAUAAUAGCUAUGAUAAUGGCUAUCAAUUAUAAACUCCUUUACAUCUGACAAUAUUUCAAAGUGAACCUUUUAGUUUAGCAGAUGGCACUGGAAACAUUUUGUGGAGAAGAUUGACAUCAUGAAUAUACUGCCAGAUAUUGGGGAAGUUACAGAUUGUGCACCAACCCACAGAAUGCUGCAUCCAGUGUUGGCGAUGGGUCCUAGAUUUGAUUGUACAUUUCAGUGUUAGGAGGCUUCUCUGGAAUAUCCCCGUUUAUUAGUUCUGUCUGAUCCUCAGAUCAGUGUUGGUAUUACUGUAGAGCAGCAAAUACAUUUCUAAGUUUUAUGUGAGAUUUCAGAAUUUUGUUACCAAACAUAGGUGCCCUUACUUUUGGUACCAAAGAUUUCAGUGAUUUUGUAUAAAUAUUUGUGUUCUUUAAUUUGAUUAUUAUUUUUUUUAAUCUAGAGUACAUUUAUAGUAUUGCGAAGCUAUGCUGCUGGAAUAGAUAUUUAUCAGUUAUGUUUAUUAUAUGAUUCUGUUUUAAAUGUGUUUAUUGAGAAAUCAUAUUUUGUAUGUUUAUUUAAAUGUUAAUGAGGAGCAGUUGUUGGAGUAAUCAUUUCAAUAUUGUGCUGCAUUAAUACAUAAAAAAACACAACUCAUGAAAAAACCUAUUUCCUUCCAUCCUGUAUCUAGUAAAGCAUGGUAGAUAUGAAAACAGUUCACUUGAAGCAUUAUUUUGCAGUUUACAUAAAAGAUUUUAGUAACUUUACUCCCGAGCAUCACUCAGCAGGAUCAACCCAUCACCUUGUAGGGUUGAUGAUGCUGAUUAAAAUUAUACCUGUCUCGUGAAAACUGAGAAAAAGAUUUUUAUUCUUUAUGCAAAUGAGGGCUUUAGUGCACUGAAAUUGGUGCACCUCAGCUCCAAAGCUUUCCAAUGCUGACCACGCACGGAAUGCCACAACCGAUUUCCACAGGACAGGUAUCAUAUAGCAGGAUCAACCCCCCCCCCCCCCCCCCCCCCAGGCAGUAUGUCUGGUUUAAUAGGGAUGACCCUGCUGACAGGUGCUCUUUAGCAAGAUCUUUUUCAAAUAGUUUUUUUUACUGCUACAGCAUCGAUACCGCCUGCUAGUUCAGUGUCUCCAUUCAUGAAGGUGUUGAUAAUAUGUAGUACUUACACAUAAAUAAAAUUACCCCCCUCCCCUAGAAUAUUAUCUAGGUGUUCAGCUGAAGACCUGUUUACAUGUACAGUAGCAAUAAUUGUUACAAUUUCUUCAUUUCUGAGCAAUCAUGGCAAUUAUUGUAUAAUCUGAACUGAUCAUUAGUGGUAUCGGUAAAUAUGGCUCAAGAAGCAGUACUUCAAAUGACACUGUUACUACACUGGUAUGGCGACAGUCAAUAUGACUGAAGAAUAUUGAAAACCUGUCAAUCACAUUUACAAUUUUUAUACCCAAAAAAUAUUGCCACCAAACAUUCUAAUAAGAAAGGAAAGAACUUACGGACAAAAAGGCGUCAUAAAAAUAACAAGCCAACUGCCCUAUACCAUCUUACUUGCAGGGCAGCGUCCUUAUCAGGGUAACCCUGCCUUUCCAACCUUAUGGCGGUUUACACAGCCCGAAUGUUGAAUGUUUCCGCGAAUGCUCAUUUCUGACAGUCUGCCUGUGUACAGGUGCAACCGAUCACUCGAUGAACGAGAAACAUGCUUGUUCAUGGGAUGAAGCUGUUAUUUGUGCAAGCACCUAAAUUAUUGAAACAAUGCAGCUGUAUGAGGACGAGUGAUCGCAGUAGUGAUCACUCGUUCUCAUACUGUGGAGGUGAUUGCUGCAUGUAAAUGCAGAGCUUCACCUCCACUGCGGGACGAGCCAGUUGUGGGGUAGGAGGCCUUCCUUCCCGAUGAUCAGCUGCUCCUCGGCCUAUGUAAACCCUCCAUUAGCCUGUUGCUUUUCCAUCAUCAGAUUUAUAAUGCAUAUGCUGCUACUGAUUUUCAAAUAUGUUAGCGGUUUGAAAAAUUCUACGUGGAAAUGGCCUUAUGGUAUAAAGAAUGUGCCUACUGACAAACUGUAGACUGGUUCCUGUGGCAAAAUCUACAGAAAUGGGAACGCAGCAGUAGGCUAUAAUACAUGUGCUUUAAGACAAGAGCAAGAUACAUAAAGAAAUUAUUCAGAUAUCCAUAAAUAAACUGUAAAAUGAUGUCCAGAGAUUAACCUGAAUAAAUAAUAUUUUCAGUCAGUGCAGUAAUAGUUAUCACCCGAUCAUAAGCCUAAGUAUAGGUCUUAGUACAUAUGUUUCAUCUAUUAAUUAGCAAUCUUUUUACUUUCAUAAAGCGGAAUGGUAUUUUUCUUUUGACCUACUUCACAAUGGCCUUCCAUGCAAUUGUUUUGUAUAGGAAAUAAAUUUAAAGUCUAUGGACACCUUUGGGGGGGAUUUUUUUUCAUUGCAUUUUACACGUUUGGGCUAAAAAUAAUUUUUUCAAUUGGCCUUUAUAAAGCUUUUGUUUUCAAGAUAUCUGCUGUUUACUGUAAAUCUGUCAGGUUGCUGCUCUGACUGCUCGGUCUGUAGCCCUUAUCUGUUCUUUCCUGACAGCUCAUAAACACUCAUUAUAGCUAAAUUCUCAUCAGUUUGAUACAAAUUUGGCUUUAUUGAGUGUUUAAGUGCUAUCAGGAGUUCAGAGAAGGACUACAGAAAGAGCCUUCAGAACAGCUGCCUGAUAGUUUAAGAAAAUGCCUUCAAUGGAGUCCAUAGACUUUAAGGCUAUUAUGCAUUUGGUAGCUAAUCAUUUAAUGUAAUGUAAUACUUCCAAAAAAAGGUGAUAUAAACUUGUAAUCAUUUGUUUAAGCCGAAAAAACUAUGUGCUUUUGUCCUUUAGACACCAUUGUGACGGAGAUACUGUAUUGUUGGAUCAAGAUCAUAGUUUGUGCCCCUAUGUCUGUGGCUGCCAUUUUGUGUGGGACGAAUCCCCAAAUCUUUGGACUCAAAGACUGUUGGGAAAUUCUUAACAAAUUGAAUUUGUUUAGAAUUGAUUCUCUCAUCUGUACUUCGCUCUGGUCCAUGGGUUCUGACUGAUAUUGCAGCUCAGUUCUAGUCACUUGGGGAUGAGCUGGUGUUCUGCAAUACUUGGUACAUCCCCUGCUUGAAAAAAAAAACGCAGGACAAAACAUUGGAUUGUGAUUUUGAUCCUUAUCAAUGUCUGUACAUGGAGUUUGUAUUUUCAUCCCAUGUUUGUGUGGGUUUCCUCCGGGUACUCCGGUUUCGUCCCACACUCCAAAGACAUACUGAUAGAGAACUUAGAUUAUGAGGUUUACUGGAGACAGAAAGUGAUUGUAAUAUCUGUAAAGCGCUGCUGAAUAUGCUAGCGCUAUGUAAGUAAAAAUAAAAUAAUGAUUGGUGGGAGCGAGGAUAGAAAAGUUAGUACCGGGAGGGUAGUAUCUUCUAGAUCUGAUUUUUUUUUUACCUUGUUUAUUAUCUUUUGAAUUAUAGAAAUUAUGAAAUGUAUACAGUUAUACAAUCAUGCAUUUAUAAUCCCUCUUUUGAAGUUGAAGGGCAUCUGACAGCAGAUUUGUGCCUAUGAGACUUGUUGAAUGUGCUCUUGGCAGCUGAAGACAUCUGUGUUGGUCCCAUGUUCAUAUGUGACCGCAUUGCUGAGAAAAAUGAAGUUUUAAUAUAU